AGCAAACUUCCAGUAUUUAUCCAUACAAUUAGCAACUAAGUAUGAAACAGCUUAAACACUUGGCAUCAAUGGAUAUGAUCCUUGCAUUCGUAUUUAUCAUUACAAAACUACUAUUAUUCCCGUUUAAGUUCUCCACUGCCCUUGACAGCAUUAGUCCAUCAGAAUUUAUGAUUGAUGGCAAGACAUUGGUCUCCGAAAAGGGAACUUUUGAACUGGGUUUUUUUAGUCCGGGCAUUUCCAAGAAAAGUUACUUGGGAAUAUGGUACAAAAAUAUCCCAGUUAGAACCAUUGUUUGGGUUGCAAACCGGCGCAAUCCUAUUAAUGAUUCCUCUGGCUUGUUGAAGGUAGAUAACAGUAGCAACAUUGUACUUCUUAGCAACAACACUAAUACUGUUGUUUGGUCUUCAAACUCAACGAAAAAAGCAAGCAGUCCGAUUUGGCAACUUCUGGAUUCCGGGAAUCUAGUCUUGAGGGACAAAAAUGAUGGAAGGAGUGGACUCUUAUGGCAAAGUUUCGAUUAUCCAUGUGAUACAAUGUUACCAGGAAUGAAGAUUGGAUGGGAUUUAAGGGCAGGAUUUGAUUGGCGUCUAUCAUCUUGGAAGAGCUCAGAUGAUCCAUCUCCUGGAGACUUUACAAUGGGGAUCGAACGAGAGAGUAACCCCGAGGUAGUAGCCUGGAAGGGCUCAAAGAAGCACUACAGGAGCGGUCCGUGGAAUGGCGUUGGAUUUAGUGGUUCUACAGAGGUAAAGCCUAACCCAGUUUUUGAUUUCACUUUUGUCUCAAAUAACAUUGAGGUGUACUAUAUAUUCAACCUCAAGAGUGAGUCUACAGUGAUCACAAGGUUAGUUUUGGACCAUACUACCUACAAUCGUCAGUGCUAUACAUGGAAUGAAGAAACUCAAACUUGGGUGCUCCAAGUUUCUGUGCCAAGAGACCACUGUGACAAUUAUGGCCUUUGUGGCGCAAAUGCAAAUUGCAUUUUCAAUGCCAUACCGGUUUGUCAAUGUUUGGAAAAAUUCAAGCCCAAGUCACCAGAGGAAUGGAACAAAAUGGACUGGUCUCAAGGGUGCGUGCGAAAUAAGGAAUUAGACUGUCAGAAAGGAGAUGGAUUCAUCAAAUUUGAUGGACUCAAAUUGCCAGAUGCUACACAUUCUUGGGUCAAUAAAGAUAUGAAUCUCAGGGAAUGCAAGGCUAAAUGCCUAGGAAAUUGUUCCUGUAUGGCCUAUUCAAAUUUAGAUAUUAGAGGAGGAGGGAGCGGCUGCGCUAAUUGGUUUGGUGAUCUGAUGGAUAUUAGACUGGUUCCCGAUGGAGGCCAGGAACUCUACAUUCGGAUGCAUGCUUCCGAAAUAGGAGACCGUGACGCUAAAGCUAACAUGAAGAUUGCUGCAAUAGCUACAGCUGCCGUUGCCUUAAUCAUGGGGAUACUAACGAUCAGCUAUCAUGUCUUGAAAGAAAAGGCAAAGUCUGCAGAAAAUACUUCAUCUGAGAGAACAGAAAACGACUGGAAAAAUGAUACGAACAAUGGUGGGCAAAAGGAAGACAUGGAGCUACCACUGUUUGCGUUCUCAGCCAUAGCUGAUGCCACCAACAACUUUUCAGUUAACAAUAAGCUAGGAGAAGGUGGAUUCGGACCUGUCUACAGGGGUAAGCUAGAAGAUGGACAGGAAAUUGCUGUGAAGAGGUUAUCAAGGUGUUCUGGUCAAGGAUUCAAUGAGUUCAAAAAUGAAGUGAUACUAAUUAACAAGCUUCAGCACAGAAAUCUAGUGAAGCUUCUUGGUUGCUGCAGUCAAAGAGAGGAGAAAAUGCUGAUUUAUGAAUACAUGCCUAACAGAAGCCUGGACUCCUUCAUUUUCGAUGAGACAAAAGGUAGACUGUUAGACUGGUCCAGGCGGUUCAACAUCAUUUCUGGGAUUGCAAGGGGGCUUCUCUAUCUUCAUCAAGAUUCCAGAUUGAGAAUUAUACAUAGAGAUCUCAAAGCAAGUAAUGUUUUACUUGAUGAUCACAUGAAUCCAAAAAUUUCUGAUUUUGGUUUGGCUAGAAUGUUUGUUGCUGACCAAACUGAAGGCGACACAAGCAGAGUGGUGGGAACUUACGGUUAUAUGGCACCGGAAUAUGCUACCGAUGGUCUAUUCUCAGUGAAAUCCGAUGUCUUUAGUUUUGGUGUCUUAUUGCUUGAGAUAAUAAGCGGAAAGAAAAGUAAAGGGUUUUACCAUCCAGACCAUAGCCUUAGCCUUCUUGGACAUACAUGGAGAUUGUGGAAUGAAGGCAAAGCAUCAGAGUUAAUUGACGCUUUGGGAGAUGAGUCGUGCAAUCCAUCAGAAGUGCUGAGGUGCGUACACAUUAGCCUCUUAUGCGUGCAACAUCAUCCUGAUGACAGGCCAGGCAUGGCCUCUGUCGUCUGGAUGUUGGGAGGAGAGAGUGCGUUGCCUAAGCCAAAAGAACCGGCUUUCCUUAAUUACAGAGCUCUUGGUGAAUCAAGUUUAACCUUGAGCAAGGUUGGAUCAUCUUCAACCAACGAAAUUACUGUCUCGGUCUUGGAGCCUCGGUAGCUAAUUGCCUCUAUCUGGUUAACUAGACUGGAAUUAAGGUCUGCUUUAAACUAUGGAGCAGCAUUGGCCAAAUGCUCUUGUUUUGCUUCUGAAUUAGAUUCUGCUUGUCCUAUCAUUGCAUACUAGUUACAAACCCUCACGUUGCUUUGGUGAUCAAAAUCUUUGUGUGAUUUUUAAGCAGGAAAUUUCUACAAUUAAAUUAUUUAUAUAGCCUGUUUAA